UUUCUUUGUUCAUUCUUUCCCUGAAGCAGUCAAUAUAGCAGUCAAGGUUUAAAUAUUUUUUAAUACAUUGAAUUUAGCAGUCAAGGUUUGAAUAUUGAAGCAGUUAAUAUAGUGGUCAAGGUGCUCUUCAAGGGAGAUAUUCAUAGAUGCUAACAUCAUAAGGAACCAGUAUGAUCACCUGCUCUUUAUGUUCUGCAUAACACAGGCCAUAAAAUUGAUGAAGCAGAUAAAUAGCUGAAAUCGUAGGUCUUAUUUUGUAAACACUUAUGUACCUAAGGUGCAUGGAUAGUUCAGUUGAAGUGAAUAGGACUACUCAAAUAUUCAAAGUUAAAAGCACAUCUGAAUUAUUUUCAGGGCCGGAGUGUUAAAGAAUUUAUGUUAUUUUUGUUAUCUUGUUUAAAACUUGCCUCUUAAAAGCUAUUACAGUGAACUAAUUCUAGAGACUGGUGGUGCCUGAAAAUUAAGGAAAAUCACGAGGAAUGCAUUCUCUGGCAAGUGGAAGUCCCUUUGACAUUUUCAGAUGCAAGCAAGUGAAUCACUUCAGUGAUUUCAUCUCUACAAUGGGUUAUUUGUUGCCUCAGGGGGAACCUGUAAACAGGUUUAGUCUCUGUUGGCAACUUGAAUAAAACCACUGGAUGAUUAAUAACUCCCAUUUUAAUAGUAUGAAGGAACAAUUUCUAAACCAGGCAGUCAGCUAUGUGAGUAAACAUAAAGAAUACCAUAUAAAUGCUUGAAGCCAUAAAACUAUGGAACGUAAUCUCAUCAGAACUCGUGAGAUUAAUAAAGCUGGACUGUAAUGCUUGGAUGGAAAGUAAAUUACAUUGUCAUGAAAAAGUUGUAGUAAUGAGUCAGUGUUGGCCCUAUAUCUCACUCUGUAUCAAGCAAGUGCCCUAGCACAGUUGUAACAGCAAGAGUGAAAGGGCCAUCUUUCAGAGAAGUCACUGAACUGAGAUUCAGACUUAGAAAAGGGAGAAAGAAGGGUGUUUUGGUGGAAAAUGGUGUUUUGAUGAGAAUUUUCCAACCAGCUGUGGAUCAUUGGGAAUUAGAAAUGUCAUUGCCCUUUUCUGAAGGAUUAUGGGGUUUAAGGUUCAAUGUCUUGGCCACAUUUCAAUUCACAUAAUUACUUUCUGUGUACUUCUAUCUAUUUUUUCAGUUGUAUUCAGUACCCCAAACUGCUGUAUGGUUUCCCACCCAUUGAGACUGUCUGCAUUUUCUUAGUAAAAUUAGUCUGUCAGUGUGCAUUCCUACAUAAAGGUUAUUGCAUAAUGUUCUUUGGGCAUUACCCUGUGUCCGUUGAGCUCAGCUGGAAAACUUCAGUUGGCUUGAAUGGCAGAAGAUAGGCCAGGAUGGCAUCUAAAGACUGGUUCAGAGAUGCACCUGACAAAGUAGGUUUUUGCCUACAAGAGUUCAUGAAAGCCUCUCUGAGUGCAUAAAAGCUCAUGCUUCUCUGAACCAAUUAAUCUCUAAGGUGCCAUCUUGCGUUAUCCAACUUCAAACUAACAUGGCUAACCACCUCAUUGUCUUGAACAGUGCUAAAUCAGAUCCUUUGAGAAAAGAAAGCACUUUACAAAGAUAAUGUGUUGUAGGUGAAUCUUAUAAUUUUAUAACUGGGAAUUUAUUAGGCCAUGAACUCUAAAUUACUAUAAAAUUUACAACCUCCACUGCUACAGUUUAUGUGCUACUAUGCAUAAUAUUUGUCUGUUACAUCUUAUGUUCUUUUUAGGAUGGAACAUGAGGCUACCCAGCUGGAAAAGCAGCAUGUACACAGCGUGUAUGAAAGCACAGCCUCCUAUUUUAAUGACUUGCAAAGCAAAGCAUGGCCUCGUGUUCGUCAGUUUCUAUUGGAGCAAAAGCCUGGCAGUCUCAUUGCAGACAUAGGUUGUGGGACUGGAAAGUACCUCACUGUCAACAGUCAGGUGUAUAAUCUGGGCUGUGAUUACUGUGGGCCAUUAGUGGAAAUUUCAAAGAAGAAAGAUUGUGAAGUAUUGGUAUGUGACAACCUUAAUCUUCCAUUUAGGGAUCAGUGCUUCAAUACAAUCAUCUCCAUUGGAGUGAUUCACCAUUUUUCAACAAAACAGAGGAGAAUCAAAGCAAUAAAGGAAAUGGCCAGGGUGUUGAUGCCUGGAGGCCAGAUGAUGAUUUAUGUUUGGGCUAUGGAACAAAAGAAUCGUCGCUUUGAGAAACAAGAUGUAUUUGUCCCUUGGAAUAGGGCCUUGUGCUCCCGGCCUUUUUCCGAAUCAAAUCAGACUGGGGAUAAGAAUGAACUUAAUGCUAAGAAUCAGGAUAUACACCUAAAACAAUUUACAGGCUCUGAGUGCACUUACACAGUUAAUCCUAAACUGGAUUUUGAUUCAAAACAUUCCCACAGUACAGACCAUUGCUUACCGGGAACCUGUUGCAUGAAAAUGUCUGAAGAAGAAAACAGAUUCUAUAGGGCACUGGGGAGAUCUUUUCGUUUGUGGUUUUUCUCUAGAUCCCUUGAUGAAUCAGCCUUGCGAAAGCAACCUGAAAAGGUGAAGCAGGAGAAGAACAUAGGCAGAUGGACAAAUAGUGCAAUAUCCAUUCAGCCUUCAAGGCACUGCAGUUUAGAUUUAGGUCACCCUGGGCCAUUGUUAAAAGAACGAAGUUUAGAUGAUGAUGAAGUGUUUCUGGAAAAUGUCUCUCUUGGGAAAACACAAUGGAUGGCAGCCUCAAAUGUAACAAGAUCUUUAAGUGGAGAGCAUGACAUUCAGAGCAAGCAUGAAGAAAUAUCAUCAUUAAGUGGUCCUAUGGAAGACAAAGAUUGCAGCUGUACUUGUAAGAAGGAUGAAGAUGAUAAGUCUCCAGCUAGCAAACUCUUUAAAAGAACUUCAACAACCGACUCUACUGAUUCAAUUUUGGAUGCAGCAGUGGCUGUUGGAGAUCAGACUACUGGCACAUUGGAUACAAAAGCCUUCAUGCGUUAUUACCAUGUUUUUCGGGAAGGGGAGCUAUGCUGUCUAGUAGGAGAGAAUGUGCCUGAGCUUCAGAUUCUUUCUUCUUGUUAUGAUCAUGGGAACUGGUGCAUAAUUGCAGAGAAGUUAGGAAAAUCACUGCAAACAGAACAACACAAAAACUUCAAGGUUGCGUAAUUUGAGCUGCUGCAUGUAUUCUUGUGAUUGUGCAAGGUAAAAUGGAAUUUCUGUCUUGUAUAGGUGUGUGCCAUCCAUUCCUGAUUUUGCUGUGUAUAUUUAUUUAUAAAUACUGUAAAUAAGAAUGUAUGUGGCAAAUGACACUUACAUUUUGUUAAAGAUAGGCUUUUACAAAGUUCAAACCUGAGAGUUUUAUAUUGCUUUUAGCAAAUGUCUGAGUUUUUAAAAUGUAUUUUUAUUAAAAAAGAGAGAAUUUUUAUAAGAUAAGGAUCGGGGCAUCUCUUAUGAUAAAUAUUCCCCUUGACAACAGUGAGGCUUGGUCCUGCAAACACUUAAGGGUGUGUGUUACUUUACUCACUAUCCCCCUGAUUCUACAGUCCCAUGCUUCUAAGAUGCCUAUUUGGGGACUUAAGCACAUGUUUAAAGUUAAGCAUGUGCUUAAUUACAUUACAUUACUGUAGUUCAGAAUGAUCCCAUGAUACUUUUAUUAUUGUUGGUAAAGUUCAUUCAUGGGCAUAAGCAUUUGGAAGAUCAAGCCCUGAGUAAUUUAUUACUCGUUUUUCACAGUCUGGAGAAAAUGAGUCAGCUGCAUGUGAUCAAGAUUUUGGUUUUUUUUAAAUAAAUUAGUUUAUACUUU